AUGAGUAAGUCCGUGCAGCCACACCUAACACUUGCCCAGCACCAAGGCCAGGAGAGACAUCCUCACAUACAUUCCGUUUUCAGUAAGUCCGUGCAGCCACACCUAACACUUGCCCAGCACCAAGGCCAGGAGAGACAUCCUCACAUACAUUCCGUUUUCAGUAAGUCCGUGCAGCCACACCUAACACUUGCCCAGCACCAAGGCCAGGAGAGACAUCCUCACAUACAUUCCGUUUUCAGUAAGUCCGUGCAGCCACACCUAACACUUGCCCAGCACCAAGGCCAGGAGAGACAUCCUCACAUACAUUCCGUUUUCAGUAAGUCCGUGCAGCCACACCUAACACUUGCCCAGCACCAAGGCCAGGAGAGACAUCCUCACAUACAUUCCGUUUUCAGUAAGUCCGUGCAGCCACACCUAACACUUGCCCAGCACCAAGGCCAGGAGAGACAUCCUCACAUACAUUCCGUUUUCAGUAAGUCCGUGCAGCCACACCUAACACUUGCCCAGCACCAAGGCCAGGAGAGACAUCCUCACAUACAUUCCGUUUUCAGUAAGUCCGUGCAGCCACACCUAACACUUGCCCAGCACCAAGGCCAGGAGAGACAUCCUCACAUACAUUCCGUUUUCAGUAAGUCCGUGCAGCCACACCUAACACUUGCCCAGCACCAAGGCCAGGAGAGACAUCCUCACAUACAUUCCGUUUUCAGUAAGUCCGUGCAGCCACACCUAACACUUGCCCAGCACCAAGGCCAGGAGAGACAUCCUCACAUACAUUCCGUUUUCAGUAAGUCCGUGCAGCCACACCUAACACUUGCCCAGCACCAAGGCCAGGAGAGACAUCCUCACAUACAUUCCGUUUUCAGUAAGUCCGUGCAGCCACACCUAACACUUGCCCAGCACCAAGGCCAGGAGAGACAUCCUCACAUACAUUCCGUUUUCAGUAAGUCCGUGCAGCCACACCUAACACUUGCCCAGCACCAAGGCCAGGAGAGACAUCCUCACAUACAUUCCGUUUUCAGUAAGUCCGUGCAGCCACACCUAACACUUGCCCAGCACCAAGGCCAGGAGAGACAUCCUCACAUACAUUCCGUUUUCAGUAAGUCCGUGCAGCCACACCUAACACUUGCCCAGCACCAAGGCCAGGAGAGACAUCCUCACAUACAUUCCAUUUUCAGUAAGUCCGUGCAGCCACACCUAACACUUGCCCAGCACCAAGGCCAGGAGAGACAUCCUCACAUACAUUCCAUUUUCAGUAAGUCCGUGCAGCCACAUCAGCUAACACUUGCCCAGCACCAAGGCCAGAAGCGACAUUCUCAUAUACAUUCCGUUUUCAGUAAGUCCGAGCAGUAA